CACGGCUGCGUCGUCCAAUCAGCUGUGAGGAGGGGCGGGCCUUAGAGACAUUUAGCUUGACAUUGUAAAUAAGCAGGGAACAGUUGUCAGAGAGCGUCCAGUUGUUUCCUAUCUCUCCGUCUCACUAUAGAGAAUGACAAAGGAGCAGCAGGGGAGAGACGGCGGAGGCAGGCGCUUGCAGGCUCUGCUUCACCUUGCUGAGUAACGGAACAGACUCGUCAUGUCAACAAAACUCUGAGUUUUAACCCCAAAGGUCUCCACUGACAUUCUGCUGACGGAAGGAGUGAUCCAGCAUGUCAGCGGAAAACUUUGCAGCUGCGAGCAGCGAUGCCCAGCAGAGCUUGCAGUCCUUCUGGCCUCGCGUGAUGGACGAGAUCCGAAACCUCACUGUGAAGGAUUUCCGCGUUCAGGAGCUGCCACUCGCCCGCAUCAAGAAAAUCAUGAAGCUGGAUGAGGAUGUGAAGAUGAUCAGUGCUGAGGCUCCGGUUUUGUUUGCCAAAGCCGCCCAGAUCUUCAUCACAGAGCUCACCCUGCGGGCCUGGAUCCACACUGAGGAUAACAAGCGGCGCACCCUGCAGAGGAACGACAUCGCCAUGGCCAUCACCAAAUUUGACCAGUUCGACUUCCUGAUCGAUAUUGUCCCCCGGGAUGAACUGAAGCCCCCGAAACGGCAGGAGGAGGUGCGCCAGUCUGUGGCCCCCGCCGAGCCGGUGCAGUACUACUUCACACUGGCCCAGCAGCCGGGCGCCGUGCAGGUGCAGAGUCAACAGCAAGGGCAGACGGCCACGCCCACCGCCACCACACUGCAGCCCGGCCAGAUCAUCAUCGCUCAGCCGCCGCAGGGACAGGUGUUGCAGGGGACCACCAUGCAGCAGCUCCAGCAAGUACAGGUAGCCCAGUCACAGGCCACGCCCAUCACGAGUGCACCGGUAACGAUGCAGGUGGGAGAGGGACAGCAAGUGCAGAUUGUGCAGGCAGCACAAGGGCAGGCGACUGCGCAGCCGGCCGGGCAGACAAUGCAAGUCAUGCAGCAGAUCAUCACCAACACUGGGGAGAUCCAGCAGAUUCCGGUGCAGCUGAACACUGGCCAGCUGCAGUACAUCCGUCUGGCCCAGCCGGUUUCUGGCACGCAGGUCGUCCAAGGACAGAUCCAGACGCUGGCCACCAACGCCCAGCAGAUCACGCAGACAGAGGUGCAGCCGGGACAGCAACAGUUUAACCAGUUCACAGAUGGCCAGCAGCUCUACCAGAUCCAGCAGGUGACCAUGCCGGCGGGACAGGACCUCACGCAGCCCAUGUUCAUCCAGCCCACCAGCCAGACGGCGGACGGCCAGGUGACCGCGCAAGUUAGCGCCGACUGAAGCCCCUCCCAGUGACCGGAGAUUACCCGCAGCGCAAUAACACACUGGUCUGAACCCCCACCUCAUAGACCAAAGCCUGCUCAUCCGAGUCCAGCUCAGAUCUGCUCCCAGCUUCUUAGCCACCCCCACCCCCCCCACCUGUGUUUGGUCAGUGUCUUUUUCCUCUUCUAUCUGCGAUCCCUUUGGCUGUUGACUUCCGUGAGUCCACCUGUCUCCAUCGGAGUGUACAGACGUACCAUGCCAACUGUCAUGCUUCCAUUUUAUUGUUAUAAAGCGAUUGAGCCAUAAAUGUGAUUUGAAAAAACAAAACAAGGAGCAUUGUAAAUUCCACUGUGAGAUUCACUGUGAUUCUUAAGACAUCACUUGUGUUCCCAUUGUUUACACUACCUAAUGUGCAGGAUAAGCCUGGUCUCAUGGAGGUCUGCAUAGUGUGUGUGUGUAAGUGUGUGUGCGUUCAGAGCGCUACAUCUUAAAGAUCUUUCUGCGUUUGACUUUGUGCCGGCAAAACCUCCCUCUGGACCAGGUAGCAGAUCAGGAAUACUGCCGUCCAUCCUGGAGGCAUCCCCGUCUCUCAUCUCAUUCUCUCUCUGUCUCGCUUUCCUGCUCCCUCCCGAGUUGUGCAAAAACACAGCCUGUCCAGGAACAACGUUUUUAUACCAUCGAUUCAUUUAUAAGAAUUCAUAAGUGUAACGUAGUUAUUUUUUUCUUAGUAUUGUAAUUUUCCCCGAAAUUUAUUUGCCCUUAUUGUAUGACGACUAUUGAUCUUGUUGUUUUGCAUGUAGUUAAAACAGCCAGCAUGAUAUGCAAUAGAUAGGUACCGAUAUUUUUUGUGGUUAAUUUUUGUAAGCAAAGUUUUGUUGUGAAAAAAAAAACGAAAUAAAUAAUAAAAAUGUCGACAUUU